CAAGACAAAUCAAAACUUCAAAAAUAAUUUGUUCAAAAGCUUAAAAUUAAAAAGAGACUUGAACAGAAGUUUGCAAUUGAAUCUUUAAGCGACAGCAAUGACAAGAAAAAAAUGUUUGGAGUUGAGGCAUGGGGUUGCACCAGCUGUGAGAAUUGAGAUUAGUGUCAGACACAGUGAAGAGACACUAAGGAUGUGAAACUUAAGGAGAAAUCAAUAAUAUUUCUAGAUUUAUUUUCCCAUAUCUUAAUUUGAUAUUUAAAUAUUAAAUUAACUAUUAACCAUGGUUGUUAUUUUAGAAACACAUAUGACUCAUAUCUUAUGUGUUUUAUUAUAAAUAGAUUAAAGUUUAUUUGCUGUUAGAACUCCCAAGAAUAUCUCGAGGGAUAAAGAGAAGAGUAUGAAUAGGUGUUACAAAAAUCAUGGCCCAUUCGAGUAGUGAUCUCCUGAAAAACCUACCUUCUUUUGACCCCCCCUUUCACUCAUGAGUUUGUUGCGGGAAAAAUUGAAAGAGGGAAAUUUUCUCUUUUUAUUUUCCAAUUAUCCCCCCAUUUUUGAAAACUGUAUUUGAGGAAUCAAAGGGUUUGGAUAUAUGUCCUUCAAUCAAUCAAAGACCAAUAGAAGCACAGCAGUGUACCGAAAAUCUGAGCGAUCCACCAGUUUCAAUCAGCAGCAAGGUUCCUCAUUUGCCUACGGCGGUGGCGGCAUUAAGCCAACGCCAUCGAUUCCCUCAUCUCCAUCACUCUCCUCUAACCAGAGGUUUAACAAGAAGUCUAGCGAUGCACAAGUUGGACAAUCUAGAGUAAACCCCACCCCACUGAAUGUAAUAGAGUCUAACAGUGGUUCUGCUGCUCGAAACAUACAGAAUGGUGCCCAUGUGCAACCUCAAUUGCAUGGAGCAUCUGAUGCUCCAGCUACUACCAAGCCAUGUGAAUCAUCUGCUGUACAAGGGAGUACUGUAACUAUUCCAAAAGUUCCAAGUUCUCAACUGCCCCCUGCAACUUCUGAUCCAAUUACUCCUGAAACUCCUACUAAGGGAGAUGCAUCAAAGUCAUUCCCUUUCCAAUUUGGAUCUAUUAAUCCUAGCAUUAUGAAUGGAAUGACAGGCCCUACUAGUAUAAGCUCAGCUCGUCCUAAUAUAGAUGAGCAGAAGCAGGAUCAGGCUUCAGUGCCAACAUCUCUUAUUCCAAAACAACAACUAUCACCAAGAAAAGAUGCAAGUGUCAUUGAGCAGUCUAUUGAUGGGGAAACUAAUAUACAAACUAAGGCAAAAAAGGAUCUUCGCGUGCCAACUGCAACCUCAGCAAACCAAAUGCAGAAUCCUUCUAUUAUUCCUAUAACUGGGAUUUCAAACUCAACACCAUAUCACCUGUCACGAGCAUCUUUACAGUUUGGUAGUUCUAAUCCACAUAUUCAAUCUCAGGGGUUGCCUACAACAUCUCUCCAGAUGCCUAUACAAAUGGCUUUGCCAAUUGGAAAUACUACACAAGUGCAACAGCCAAUUUUUAUUCCAAGUCUUCAACCUCGUCCAAUGCAACCUCAGGGGAUCAUGAAUCAAGGUCAAAACAUGACUUUUACUCCUCAAAUGGGGCAUCAGUUGUCACAUCAAUUAGGCAAUGUGGGUAUUAGUAUGAUUCAACAAUAUCCCCAACAACAUGGACAAAAAUAUCAACCUGGUCUUCGAAAAACAACUCAUGUGAAGAUCACUCACCCCGAGACUCAUGAAGAGUUGAGACUUGAUAAAAGAGCAAAUGCAUAUUCAGAUGGGUCAUCUAAUUCCAGGUCACAUCCUAAUAUCCCUUCCCAAUCCCAACCUGGUCAAUCUUUUGCAGCUUAUCCAAUGAAUUAUUAUUCCCCCAACUCUUAUAGUACUAAUUCUCUCUAUUACCAUCCUCCCAAUCCUCUCCCACUAACAAGUAGCCAAAAUACUGCUAAUUUGCAACCACAAAGAUUCAAUUAUCCAUUGAAUCAUGGUUCGCAACAUGUUGGUUUCUUGAAUUCAAUGCAACAUAGCUCUCUGUUUGCUAAUAAAACAGGUGCUUCUAUUCUUGGUAGUGUUGAACCCCCAAUUUUAGAAAAUUUUCAUGAUAUUCCUAAUUUAAUGUCAUUAACUGGAGCUGCUCCUGUGACAAUUAGACCAUGUGAUGCAUCUGAUGUUGUAGACACAUCAUUGUCCAAUUCUGGUAAUUCUGGCGUUCAAAACCGAGAACCCAAUAUUUCGGUAGCAUCAUGUGAUUCGGGCUCCCCUGCAUUACAAAAUGUAUCUGAAACUAGUCCAGAAAUUUCUUCACAGCAAUCAAAAUUAUUUGGUAACUCUUUUGUGCAACAAAAACAAUCACCUGGAUCUGUUUUCGUAUCUAUUGAGAAGCUUGCAGCCACUCCCUUGUCACAACCUUCAUCAGUAAUGACUGAAGAUCAUGCCUCACUUGUGUCUAGAAGGAAGGAAACUCUAACUAGGUCAAAUUCUUUGAAGGAAAAUCCAAAGAAACUAGAGAAGAGCGCCCAAUCACGUCAUCAGGCAGUUUCUAUUCAAUCUCCAUCAAUGGAUAAUGUUGCUUAUCAAGCUAUUGAUAAUGAUAUGCAGUCAGUUGAUAUUCUGGAGACAACCUCAAAUCAUGUCAAGAAUAGUUCAGAUACUUUUUGCAAUGACUCUCUGUCUUUUUUGACAUCUAGUGCCAACGAUAAACCAAUUUCAGAACCAAAUAAAGUAAAAGCUACAUCUAAAGGUAAUAAGAAAAGAAGAGAGAUUCUUCGAAAAGCUAAUGCUGCUGGGUCAACUUCUGAUCUUUAUAACGCAUACAAGGGACCAAAGGAAAAGAAAGAAACUGUUUUCAGUUCAGAAAGCACAAACAAUGCUUCUUCAUCUGAAAGUUUGAAGCAGGUAUCUACAGAUGCUGCUCACCUAGAUCUUAAAGUGAGUGAGAAAUGUCAAGAGAGUAAAGUUGAGCCUGAUGAUUGGGAGGAUGCUGCUGACAUGUGUACAUCAAAACUGGAAGUUGAUGACAAAUUUCAACUGAUUAGUGAUGUUAACAGAGGUGUAGCCAAGAGGUACUCUCGAGAUUUUCUUUUGAAAUUUGCAGAGCAGUGCACUGAUCUUCCUGAAGGUUUUCAGAUCACAGUUGACAUAGCUGAGGCUUUAAUGAGUUUUACUAUUGUAGAUAGGCCUAGUGGAAUGCCUUGGAUGGAUUAUUGUGGAACUGGUGUAAAUGAGGAAGAGAGGUGGAGUAAAUCUUCUAAUACUUUUCAUUCUGGAAGACGUGGUUUGGAUGUUGGUGGAGGUAAUGUAGGUUUUCGAUCUGGUCCAGGAAACAAUUUUGGUGCUUUAAGGAACUUCCGUGGAGAGACACCUAUUCAAUAUGCUGGAGCAGGGGUCCUUUAUGGACCAACGCAAUCCAUGGGAAUUCCAAGUGGAAUGCAAAGAAACAGUAAUGGAGAAAGGUGGCAGCGUUCUGUUAGCUUCCAGCACAAGGGGUUAAUUCAUUCUCGUACUCCUCAAACUCCUUUACAGACGAUGCACAAGGCUGAGAGGAAGUAUGAAGUGGGUAAAGUUUCGGAUAUAGAAGAGGCAAAACAGAGGCAGCUGAAAGCUAUCUUGAACAAAUUAACUCCUCAGAAUUUUGAGAGGCUCUUUGAACAGGUAAAAGUGGUUAAUAUUGACAAUGCUAUCACCCUUACUGGUGUCAUCUCACAAAUUUUUGAGAAGGCUUUGAUGGAGCCUACCUUUUGUGAAAUGUAUGCCAACUUCUGUUUACAUUUGGCUUCUGAGUUGCCUGAUUUCAGUGAGGACAAUGAAAAGAUAACUUUCAAAAGAUUAUUAUUAAACAAGUGUCAAGAGGAAUUUGAGAGAGGUGAAAGAGAGCAAGAAGAAGCAAAUAAGGCUGAUGAAGGUGAAGUUAAGCAAUCUGAUGAAGAAAGGGAAGAUAGAAGAGUCAAGGCAAGAAGACGCAUGCUAGGUAAUAUUAGAUUAAUUGGUGAGCUAUAUAAGAAGAGAAUGUUGACAGAGAGGAUAAUGCAUGAGUGCAUCAAGAAGUUACUUGGUCAAUAUCAGGAUCCUGAUGAAGAAGAUAUUGAAGCUUUGUGUAAGCUAAUGAGUACUAUUGGGGACAUGAUUGAUCAUCCCAAAGCCAAAAAACAUAUGGAUGCAUACUUCGAAAGGAUGAAACUAUUGUCAGACAACAUGAAUUUAUCAUCUAGGGUGAGGUUCAUGUUGAAGGAUGCAAUUGAUUUGAGGGAAAAUAAAUGGCAACAAAGGAGAAAAAUUGAAGGUCCAAAGAAGAUUGAGGAAGUGCAUAGAGAUGCAGUGCAAGAGAGGCAGGCCCAAGCUGGUAGGUUAGGUCGUGGUCCAAGCAACAACCAAACAUCAAGAAGAAACCCUGUGGACUUUCGUCCAAGAGGAUCUCUGGUGUCAUCUACAACUGCUCAAAUUGGAGUACCGCAUGGGUUACCUGGUCAAGUUCGUGGGCUUGGUUCUCAGGAUGCUUGUUCUGAAGAGAGGCAAUCUUUUGAGGCUAGGACCUUGUCUCCAAGAGCCUUGGGGGAUGAUUCUAUUACCUUGGGACCCCAGGGCAGUUUGGCUAGGGGAAUGUCCAUUAGAGGAUCAACUGCAAUUGUAAGUUCAUCGAUGCCUAAUGCAAUUCCUACCUCAGUAGACUCUUCCAAAGCAACUGGUGUUCUUAACGGUUAUGGGGAUUUAUCAGAGUGUGCACCAUACCUUACGGACAGGUUUUCAGGUCCAGCUGCUUAUGAUCAAUCAAGUGCUCUAGAGCAUAAUAUAGGCUUAGACAAAAAAGAUUUGAGUACUUCAUAUCGGGGACUUGACAACCUUGUUGCAACUUCACCAUCUGAUCAAUUGCAAGGGUCAAUAGUUUCUCAGGUUUCUUCUUCAGAAAAGGUUCGGUCAGAAGAACAACUCCGAGACAUGUCCAUGGCAGCAAUCAAAGAAUACUACAGUGCUAGAGAUGAGAAGGAAGUUGCUCUAUGUGUCAAAGAAUUAAACUCUCCAUGCUUCCAUCCUUCCAUGGUUUGUCUCUGGGUCACAGACUCAUUUGAGAGAAAAGACAAAGAACGAGACCUUUUGGCCGAAUUGCUAGUUCACCUUGUGAAAUCACAUGAUGGUAUCUUGAGUCAAGCACAGCUUAUCCAAGGGUUUGAGUCUGUUCUCAGUACAUUGGAGGAUGCUGUUAAUGAUGCUCCCAAAGCACCAGAGUUUCUUGGACGUCUUUUUGCGAAAGUUAUAAUAGAGUCUGUUUUCUCUUUGAAUGAGAUUGAGCGGUUAUUACGUGAUGGAGGGGAGGAACCAGGCAGCCUCUUAGAAACUGGACUUGCAGCUGAUGUUCUUGGAAGUACCUUAGAGGUAAUAAAAUUCGAGAAGGGGGACGCAAUUUUACGUGAUAUCUGUGUUGGCUCUAACUUGCAAUUGGAGACUUUCCGUCCACCAAAACCUACAACUUCAAUAAAGCUAGAGAGAUUUAUUUAGAGGACAGUGAUGCUCAUUGUAGCCUUUUUCAGGUACAGAAGGAAAAUUAUUAGCCUGGUGCUUUGGGGUUUCUAGAUUUGAAUAUAAUUUUAUUUUCUGGUAGAUGGGUGGAUAGAAUUUUAUGAGAUUCUUUCUUUUAAUAUGUUUCCUUCGAUCUUCAUGCAACUGUAAAAGGUUCAAUUGAUUUUAUUACAUUCUCAACGAGGAGCAUUAUUACAUCACCCUAUGUAAAAGGUUAUAUGUAAGAGCUUCACUAUGAGAAUCAAUUUUGGGGCUGAAAGCCGAAAGGAAGGUUAUACUUUCCAUUUUACGCCCCCAAUUUUUCAAUCAUUUUAUCACAUUUAUACUCAAUUUUAUUAGCAUUGAGAAAUUAUGCGUAAAUAAUUGUUAUUCAUAUUUGAUGAUUAUGGUACAUCAAAUCGCAGUGGUAGGUAUUAUUGAUGACCAAAAAAGGUUGAACAUAAGGGCACACUUAUAAAGUGAAGCAUUAGGUAAAGGUAAAUGUUAAUAGUGGAGUCCAAGUUUCUCUGAACUUUUUGCAAUACUUCAUAUACCAAACUCCCAAAAAAGGUAUAAUCUCAAUCAACACCCUCAAA